AUGUUUGGGAUUAUAAGAAGAAGAGUCGCUAGUGGAGGCUCGUCUUCUUCUUCUUCGUCAUUGCAAACUAUUCGACCUGCUCCCUUGUUUUCAUCUAGAGUCUCUGAGGAGAUUUUAAUUAAUCCCAGAGGAUUUGAAACUGUUCGGAGAUUUACAUGCCUCGUUCCCGUGCGAGGCAUGGCAAUUAGUUCAAGGCCUGUGAGAGAAGUUGAUUCCAACACGGAGCUCACAGCUAGCAAGCAAAUUUGGAGUAGGCCAUUUUCUUCAGACAGUGGUGUGUUAUUGACUGGGCUCUAUGAAUUCCCUUCGUUUGUGUAUUACACUCGCUCUUCUGAAGCUCUUUUUUCUAUAGUUUUAUCAUGGGAAAACAUGAUUAAUGGAAAGUUUAAAAUCAGACUACUCUCUCACGGUUGCCAGAAACGUGGGGAUUUGGUUGAUGCUGUUGUUCCUUUUAUGGGUGAAUCCAUCACUGAUGGUACUCUGGCAAAAUUCUUAAAGAUUCCUGAUUGUGUUGAAUAUGAUAUUCUGAGAGCAGAUCCUGGUGAUAGUGUAGAAGUUGAUGAACCAAUUGCUCAAAUUGAGACAGAUAAGGUGACAAUUGAUGUUGCUAGUCCAGAAGCAGGUGUGAUAAAAGAGUAUAUAGCCAAGGAAGGGGAUACUGUAGAACCGGGUACCAAGAUUGCUGUUAUUUCGAAGUCUGGUGAGGCUGUAGCUCAUGUUGCUCCCUCUGAGAAUAUAUCAAAGAAGGCUGCUCCUAAGCAAUCUGCACCUGAAAUGAAGGUUGAUGAAAAGCCAAAGGUGGAAGCUAGUCCUGUCCCAGAAAAGCAUAAAACUCCAGCUCCACCACCUCCUAAAUGCUCUGCUACAGAACCCCAGCUUCCUCCUAAGGAAAGGGAAAGAAGAGUUCCAAUGACAAGGCUUCGGAAAAGGGUUGCAACUCGAUUGAAGGACUCCCAGAACACAUUUGCUAUGCUGACAACAUUUAAUGAAGUUGAUAUGACUAAUUUGAUGAAGCUUCGCUCUGAUUACAAGGAUGCUUUUGUUGAAAAACAUGGAGUGAAAUUGGGCCUCAUGUCAGGAUUUAUAAAGGCUGCUGUCAGCGGUCUCCAGAAUCAGCCUAUUAUAAAUGCAGUUAUUGAUGGGGAUGAUAUCAUAUAUAGAGAUUAUAUAGACGUCAGUAUAGCUGUUGGCACUCCAAAGGUUUGUCUUCAUCUCUUUAAUCGGUUGACUUCUUAUUGGUGCACACACCAUGCAACAUUUGGUACUUAUGGUAUGGUGAAGCUCCAAUAG